UCCCAAAUGGAGGUGGAUACAGAUCUUCAGUGUCCGAUAUGUUUGGAGUUAUUUAACUAUCCCAUAAUACUACCAUGUUCCCAUGUACUGUGUCGCUCACCAUGCGCAGAACAUUUGUUCGAUUUUAAUUUCAUUCGAUGCCCGGUUUGUCGAGAUAACUGUUACGUUAGUGGAGGGAUAUCGAGCCUUCCUAGGGUUAUUGCCUUGGAAAACAUUAUUGAACGAUAUAAAGCGGACAAGAAACAAGAGCAGACAUUACCAGCUUUGAAGACACCGCCAGACAAUGUUGCUCCAAAGAUUGAAGGCGGAAGAACUGUUUGUCAGUUGUGCGAGAAAACACCUCCUCGGAAAGCGAAAAAGUUAUGUUUGGAUUGCAAUGUGUCGUAUUGUAAUCAUUGCCUCCGCCUAUCACAUCCAAACAGACAACCAUUCAACACUCACGAGAUCGUUGAGACCAGUCCUACUUCCAAGACUGCAACACCGGAAGUAACUGGUGGUACUUCCGGUUUGUGCACAAUACACAAAACGGUGCCGAUGUCGCUUUACUGUCUGAGCUGUGAGAUGACAGUAUGCAACGUUUGCCGGAAAACAGACCAACAUAAGAAACACAAAAUGGCGCCAAUUGAGGAAGCGUUCCUGAAUGUUAAGUUAUCUUUGGCAGACAAGUCAGAAAAGUUAAAGACCAGUCAAUCUAAAGUCGUGGUAGCUAUUAAGUCACAACGAGACAACAUUAAGGACAUGCAGCAAGCGAUCAACAAACGGAGGGACGAGAUCAAUUCGCAAUGCGACGCUCUUUUAGCCGAGAUCGAAAACAAACGUCACUUCUUCCUGUCAGACCUUGAAUACGAGGAGCGCAUGCGUCAGAAUGACAUGGACGAUCUUGUCAAAGCCAUGGAUCAAAUACAACGGUCUGCACAGGCACUUCUCGGUCAUACAAAUGAAGUUCUUCUACAAGACAAAGUUGAUCUCUUAGAGGCGGCCAGCUCUACGAGUGAGAAGUUAGUGAAGACGGCGCUCGACUGUGAGAGUGUUCAGUUCUCGCCUGCUGACCUCGACUUUCUCCAGGAAAAAGUAGUCGACUUCCGGCGAGAGAAAAAUAUACUCAGGGACCUCCAUUAUCUUGUCGCCCCAGCUACACCUGUUAUUGACGUCACUCGGUGUUCACGCAGUGAUAACAUGGUCGUCUUGGUGAUUUCACCGCCAUUCGGUCCUCACGAUGUCAUCCAACAGUACGAAAUCCACUACUGUUCCGAGGAACAGAAGAGUCUCGAGAUUGAGGACACUGUUGUUGUGAAAAACGUUCCGGAUGAAAAAGCCACGACACGGGGCGUUCCGAACAGUUCAGGUCUGGUGGUCAUUCUUCUCGAAAACUUGUGUAAAGGGACCACCUAUUACUUCUGUGUGAGUGCCAUAAACAGCGCGGGAAAAAGUGCAAACUCGGAAGUUGUUCAGUGUAUUACCCUACUUCCGGGAGAAAGUGUGGUUCCGGUUCCUGUGAUAAUAGAAAGCCUGUGUCGUCAGUUCGCCACAUCUAUACAGAUCUACAGUUCUAGUCCUCAAGACGUCGCCCCAGAACAAAAUAUAUCUCACUUCUUGUUGUAUCGCCAAGUGGCGUUGAGCCGAGCUUGGCGCACGUUGGUGUUGUACGGGCGCCAGGACCAUCGAGUGUUUGGACUGGACACAAAUGUGGAAUAUGAAUUCGUUAUCAUGGCCAGUAACCCACGUGGGGAAUGUCAGAUAUCAAACAAAGUCUCCCUUCAGACCGAGGCAAAUGAGGUUAAUAUGUAA